GAAAUAUGGAGCCGAUAGGAAAUGGAAUAGCAAAUCCACUUUAUUACAAAUCAACAUAUGCAGCACUUCCAGAUGAUUACAAUUGCAAGGUGGAGUUGGCCAUGACAUCAGACGGGAAAACAAUUGUCUGUUACCAUCCAUCAGUUGAAGUCCCAUAUGAACAUACAAAGCCUCUUCCCCAGAAGGACCCAUUAACCAGCCACACACAAACACAUGAGCUUGUCCUAAAGGCCAGGCUUAAUGAAGUUAAAGCUAAACCUGAGCCAACAAAAGAAGAGCUUAGCAAAAUGUUCUAUACAACCAAACAUCAGUGGUAUCCAGUUGGACAGUACCACAGAAGACGUAUGAAGAAAGAUCCCCCAAAGGACCGAUGAUAUCUUCUAUUCCACAUUUGUUACUCUACAUAUUUAUCUUUUGGCAUGCAACUGUGUUAAUAAAUAUUGCACAUUUCUUCACAAAAAAAA